AUGGAAGAAAAUCCAAAUAUUAAGGAAGGAAGCUUUAGAAUGUCAUCUUACCUUGAGGGACUUUGGAGGAGGCAAACUGCACAGAUUCUGAACUCUUUUUUUGGGAUUCCAUUUGUGCAUCCGUCGGCAACACACUCGGCGUUUAUUUUGAUGGAUGAUUCACGGACAUGUUCGGGAGAAAAAGGGGAAAAAGUGUGUAAAAAUGGAGCAGCAGGGCUUGGAAAUGAAUUUGAAAGGGUUCCAUAUCCUUUUUUUACGAGAUCCAUGUGGUUUCCCGCGGGUUUUUUUGAUUGGAUGGUGCCAAGCUGGGAGAUGUAUACGAUGCCAGGUUUUUUCCGCUGGGGAGGGCCUGAACAUGCAUAUUUUCACAGGGGAAUGAAGGAUAUGAGUGAUUGGAACCGUCCAUCUUGUUGGUUUAUGCGUUCAGUGCCAUUUUUUAGUGAUGGGGUGUUACGGGAUAUGUUUGAAGUGUUUGAAGACCAACGAAUGAAAGAUAUGGAGGCAGAAUGUAUGCCUGUACGUAAGGAUGAGAGUUUUGGGGUGGAGGGAAAUCCAAGUGAUGCAUCAUUAAAACAUGUGGUUUCGGUAUUUACGAAAAAGACAUCGCGUACCUUUGGUGAUGGAUCGUAUGAAAUGGUAGAGAUGACAAAAAGGUGCUUUAGUGAUGGAACGUGUGAAACAACUGAAUAUAGGGAUUCUUCAAAUGGAAGUUCAACAAAACGAGACGAAACGUUGGAUAAUAAAGAUAAUUCUAGUGUUGCAAUGAAUACGGAUGAUGCCAACAUUACAUUAACGUUUGAUAACAAAUAG